CGCUGUCAGACAGAAAUCACUCCAACUUGCCGAUUCCAUCCCCAUCCGUCAUCACCACCAUCGCCGCCAUCAUCACCAUCACCAUCGCCAUCACCAUCACCGUCCGCAUCCAUAUACCUAUUUGCUGAAUGCAAAUACUCACAUCUCAUGCGAUCCGGCACACCAGUUUCCAUCUAUAGACCGGUGCAUUUAUUUCUUCAAUUGUCAAUUCCGUCGUCCUGAUUACUAUAUACCAACCUGCAACCCUCCCACACGACCACAGUCUCACCCACACACUCACCCACACACGGGCGCCCGCAUCUCUAAGUCUCCUAGACAUGGCUGCGCUCGUGACUGCCACCGGUGUGCUGGCCUUGCUGGCUGACGAGGAAGUUGAGCUCAAGGUCUUUGCCCUGCAAACUCUCAACGAAGAUAUCGACACUGUUUGGUUCGAGGUGGCUCCCGCCGUAACCGAUAUUGAGGCGCUCUAUGAAGAUGAAUCCUUCCCCGAACGCAAGCUAGCCGCCCUCGUGCUGUCCAAGGUUUAUUUCCACCUCCAGGCCUACGAUGAGAGCAUGUUCUUUGCAUUGGCUGCCGGCGAUCUCUUCAAGCUCGAUAACCCUGGCGAAUUUGAAGAGACCAUCAUCUCUAAAUGCGUCGACCACUAUAUCGGCACCAAGCCCAAGAGCGAAUCCUACACCGUUUCCGAUGAGGACGAUGGCGUCGCCUCUCCGCCCUCCCUCGCUACUGCUUUUGCCACAGGCACUUCUGAUAGCAACGCAUCUGCUCUCAUCUCACCCACCACUCCCUUCUCCCAGUCUACGCUUCCUUCCAAGUCUCUUCUCUCUCGCGCUUCUACCGACAAUACCAUUCUGGAACCUUCUUUCGAACCUCAGAAGAAACAACACCGGUCUUCCUCCAUCGCAUUGUCUUCCAAUGAGCUCCAAACCAGCCGAGCUGUUGAAAAAGUCAUCGACCGCUUGUUUCAAAGCUGUAUGAAUGAGGGCAAGUAUCAGCAGGUCGUGGGUAUCGCCGUCGAAGCGAAGCGCCUGGAGUGGGUCAAGCACGUCAUCUGGCGCGCUGAUGAGGAGUACAAGAAAAAUAAAGGCAAGGCUGCACAAGAUGAUGCUGUGAGCACCGCAGAGGAGCUCUUGGACUACUGUGUAAGCAUUUGCAUGGACGUUGUUCAGGAGCGGCACUUCCGGAAUGAAAUGCUGGUUCUAGUGUUGGGCAUUUUAACUAGUGCUAAAUUCGCCAAUGGGAGAGCCAAAGACCCGGAUUACUUCUCUAUUGCCAAGUGUAUAGUCCAUUUGGAUCAGGAUACCAAAGCAUGCGACGUCAUUCGGCAUCUUGUUGAAACCGAGUCUAUCGAGGCUACAGCUAUUGCGUAUCAAUUUGCCUUUGACCUCUACGAUAAUGCCACCCAAAACUUCUUGGGUAAGGUUAUAUCGGGUCUCCCCAAGGGUCAAGUCACCACUGAAAACAAGGAGAACGAGGGCAACGAUGAAUCCGAGAAUGCCCCACUAAUGAGCGAUGUGGACCAAAACGACGCCAAAUCUGAUGAGGUGGAUGAGAAACACGCCGAAAUCUACAAAAAUAUCCGCUCCAUCCUUGAUGGCACUAAGACCAUCAAGCUCAACCUCGAGUUUCUCUACCGCAACAAUCAUACUGACCUUGGCAUCCUGAACAAGGUACGCGACAGCCUCGAGGGGCGCAAUUCAAUCUUCCAUACUGCUGUCACUUUCUGCAAUGCGUUCAUGAACCAAGGUACUACCAAUGACAAGUUCUUCCGAGACAAUUUGGAAUGGCUUGGAAAAGCGGUCAACUGGUCCAAGUUUACUGCGACUGCGGCCCUUGGAGUUAUACAUCGCGGAAAUCUUUCUCAGUCAAAGAAGUUGCUGGAUCCCUAUCUUCCCCGGGCCGCCGGCGGUAUCGGUGGCGGUUCGCCGUAUUCCCAGGGUGGUGCUCUGUACGCAUACGGUUUGAUCCACGCAAAUCACGGUGCUGGCGCUGUUGACUACCUUCAAGCUCGGUUUUCUGAAGCUAAUGAAGAAGUAAUUCAACAUGGUGGUGCGCUGGGUCUUGGUUUGGCUGGCAUGGCAAGUGGCAGUAAAGAGAUCCUCGAGAGCCUCCAACAGGUGCUCUACGCAGACUCUGCGCUGAAUGGUGAGGCUGUUGGUUUAUCUAUGGGUCUCGUUAUGCUGGGUACCGGUAACGUCAAGGUACUGGAAGACAUGGUGGCAUAUGCUCAUGAGACGUCACACGAGAAGAGCGUAAGGGGUUUAGCUUUAGGUAUGGCUCUAAUCAUGUACGGGCGACAAGAACUCGCCGAUGUCAUGAUUGAGGGUCUCCUGAAUGACCCUGAUCCUACGUUGCGUUACGGAGGCAUAAUGACAGUCGCCAUGGCCUAUUGUGGCACAGGAAGCAAUAAGGCCGUUCGCAAGCUCCUCCACGUCGCCGUUAGCGAUGUGAACGACGAUGUUCGACGUAUCGCUGUUAUGAGUCUGGGUUUCAUUCUUUUCCGUAAACCUGGAAGUGUUCCCCGCAUGGUUGAGCUUCUUUCUGAAUCUUAUAAUCCGCAUGUACGAUAUGGUUCAGCCAUGGCCCUGGGUAUCUCCUGCGCCGGAACUGGCCUCGACGAAGCAAUCGACCUGCUCGAGCCCAUGAUGAAGGAUCCAACCGAUUUUGUGCGCCAGGGUGCUUUAAUUGCCCUAGCCAUGAUUAUGAUUCAACAAAAUGAGGCCAUGAACCCCAAGGUUGCAUCAAUCCGGAAGACCUUGAAAAAGGUCGUCGGCGACAGACACGAAGACGCUAUGACCAAAUUUGGUGCUGCUCUCGCUCUUGGUAUCAUUGAUGCUGGUGGACGAAACUGCACUAUCGGUCUUCAAACACAAACGGGUAACCUCAACAUGGCGGGCGUUGUCGGUAUGGCCGUCUUCACUCAAUACUGGUACUGGUUCCCUUUCACCCACUUCCUAUCGCUGGCUUUUAGCCCAACCUCCAUUAUCGCUUUAGAUCAUGAUCUGGACAUUUUGGACGUCAAGUUCCACUGUGCUACAAAACCCAGCCUCUUUGACUACCCCCCUGAGCAAGAGGUCAAGGCAGAAGAAGGCCCGGCGAUGAUUGCCACCGCUAUUUUGUCUACUACUGCUCAAGCUAAACGUCGCGCCCAAAAGAAGGAAAAGGCUGAUAAGGCUCAACACCAAAAGAGUAUGGAUAUCGACUCUACGGCCACACCCACGACUUCAAAUGCUGCUGGGGGUGAUAAGAUGGAUAUUGACGAUAACGCCAAACCAAGCGACGAGAGCAAGGAUAAAAAAGAGGAAAGCGCUGGGGCGCAGAGCGAAAAGGAGACCUCAGCACCUCCAGAUGCCAAGAAGAAACUUGAAAAAGAGAAAGCAGGCUAUGAAAUAGAGAACAUGAGCCGUGUCCUACCUGGCCAGCUCAAAUUCAUCAGUCUCGCUAAAGGGCGAUACUGGCCGGUGAAACUAGUAAGACCAGGUCCAUUGCCUACUGGUGGCCCUAUACUUCUACACGACACACAGCCCGAGAAGGAAAAAUCCUUAAUUGAGGAGAAGCUCAAGAAAGUAGCAACUGAAAGAGCGCCUGUUGCUGGAGCCAGUGGCGCUCAGGGCAGAAAUCCUCGAAGUGUAGAGGAGGCACUUCUGAGCCGAUUGGCAGGAGUAACCCAACCCGUGACACCCAGCCGAAAUCAGAGCGGCGCGGCAGCGGCCGCUGGUGUACUCACCGCUAUUGACGAAGACGGAGAGGGAGAUGAGGAGGCUACAGUUCCUCGCGAUUUCGAGUAUGAUACCGAGAACGACGACGAUGAUGAUGAGGAAUAGUCACUUUCACCUGAUUCAGACUGGUCGCAGCUCCCGUUCCUAUGAUAACACCGAAGUUGAUGCGGUAGCUUACCAUUCCUAAAUGCAAUACUACUUUAUAGCAUAGAGUCUAGCUUGAAGUGACGGGAUGAUUCACUUGUGCAUAAGACAGUCCACAAACUACCAGAAUAGAUGGAAUUUUGAACAUACUACAUGGCACUACCACAGCCUGCAUUAGCUGACGUGGGUAUUCAAAAUACUGCAUUUAAAGCGUGAGAACCGAUUUAUCCGAAUGACACGUCUUUUAUAUAUAGCUUAAGAUAUCACAUGUUUUAUUCCAAGUUGCAUCAAUUCGGGUUAUCUUACUCCUACAUAUCAUUAUCGAGCUUCACUCUGUGAUCCCUUUGCUAUAACUCUA